AUUCUUUAGUAAACCCAAAAUGCUAUCUUCAAGUAAUAUGAUACGAACUAGCAUUCUUCGACCAGCAAGGCUGGCUACUCCAAACACAGCACUUGUUGCGCGCCUAGCAGCAGCAACAAUUCAGACAAGCCGCCGGAGCUUUUCUUCAACACAAAAAACGCCUUGUACGGGCUGCGUAUCUUCUGGCUGUCAAGCAUGUGCUUGUCAUAGCUCGAAAAGUCGUGGCAGCACCAGCAAUAUUGCUACAAACUUCAACACCAGAAAAGGUGCAGCCUAUGCCACUACAACAAGCUCAAUCCCUACUGAGCAGUGGGCACAGGUUUUGGAAAAGACUGGGGGAGCUGUUCAGUAUAAAAAGAUCCCAGUUCCUACACCAGCAUCAGACGAAGUCUUGAUCAACAUCAAGUACAGUGGUGUUUGUCAUACGGAUCUUCACGCGGUCAACGGCGACUGGCCACUUGCCUCCAAAAUGCCUCUAGUCGGGGGGCAUGAAGGUGCAGGCGUGGUAGUAGCACGAGGAGAGCUUGUCAAAGACGUCGAAAUAGGCGACCAUGUAGGUCUCAAGUGGCUUCAUGGCUCAUGCAUGAGCUGCGAACAAUGUCGCCAGUCCAACGAAUCUCUUUGUUCCCAUGCAUCGCUUUCUGGCUAUACAGUUGACGGAUCAUUCCAGCAAUAUGCUGUCGGCAAAGCUGCGCAUGUGGCGCGUAUUCCCAAGGACUGCGAUCUCGCCGGGGUAGCGCCUAUUCUGUGUGCUGGACUAACCGUUUACAAAGCCCUCAAGUCCUCCAACGUUCGCCCAGGGCAGAGUGUAGUCAUCGCCGGCGCAGGUGGAGGUCUUGGUGUUUUUGCAAUUCAGUAUGCCAAGGCUAUGGGGCUGCACGUAACAGCUCUUGAUGGGGGUGAAGAGAAGCGCAAGGUUUGCACUGAACUCGGCGCUGAUACUUUUAUCGACUUCAAAACCUCUGCGGACAUUGUAGGGGAGAUCAAGAAUGCCACUAGAGGCUUGGGACCGGAUGCAGUUCUGCUUUUGGCUGCGAGUGAGAAGCCUUUUCAGCAGGCUAGCCAGUACGUCAAGAGCAAAGGCACAAUCGUCUGUGUUGGAUUACCAGCCAAUGCAUUUGUCAAGGCCCCUGUGUUCGACACAGUUGUUAGGGAAAUCAGUAUCAAGGGCAGCUACGUGGGAAACCGCCAAGAUGCCGCCGAGGCCAUCGAGUUUUACAGACAGGGCCUGAUCCAUGCGCCAUACAAAAUUGUCGGACUAUCAGAGCUUCAGAAGGUUUACGACAUGAUGAUUGCAGGAAACAUUGCUGGCCGCUAUGUGGUAGAUACUAGCAGAUGAUGUUGCAAAUAUUCCUUCUGAUAUAUAGGAAUUAACUAAGUAGCUAAAGAUAUCCAUGCUCAAAUUCGAGUUUAA